AUGACAACUGUUGCCUCCACAGCGACUACUCCUGCUCAUCUCCAACCUCAUCCGACCAUUGAGUCGCAUUCCAGUGCGACACCUCAACCAGCUGCAUCGCCCCGGGCGACAGGCCCUCCCGCCCCCCAGUGGAGCGAAAGAGAUGUGCCUCCAUGGCUGCAAAAACACAUGAAAUUCUGGAAAGUUGAGCUGACUCCAAUUAGAGCUCGCACGUGGAUGCUUGAAGGCUUUGACCACUUUCAGAUCAACAGGCUAAGCCUUCCUAGCCAUUUGGAAGGUAUCAAGAAGGAGCUCGAACAAGAGUGGGAGAAACAGAGCAAAGUGGCACCGACGAAACCUGCUACGAGAGCCAAGAGAAAGGCAGACACUGAUGUCAACGCACCCGCGAGCAAGAGGACCAAAGGGCCUACGCCAAUCAAGUCUGAGGGAACACCACAAAUUGAAAUGCCACCUCCUCCACCUCCAAAGCCACUGGGAAACCUCAAAGGAAAGUACGCAAUCCUAACAGACCUCGCCUGCUGCGAAGGGCAAUCAGACCCUGCUCAUGACUACAUGUGUAAUAUCGUAUUGUCACCUGGCGAUGGUGAGACUAUGCGAGGUCACUUCAACAUGGGCAAACAUAUGGACUACAGCAUCCUGAUGUUCUUCGAGAAGCAUCCGACCGAGGCAUCCUCACAAAAAGUCUGGUUCAGAUGGCGAGGCACAAAGUCACACGGCGGUUUCAAGAAACAGAGGUGA